AUGGCGUUCAAAUCACGCCCCAGGGCCAAUAUUUCUUGGCGCGCCCCCCUGAGCAUGAUCGCCGCUCUUGUGGCUGGCGUGUGUCUUGCAGCUGGACAUCAUGCAUUCUACAACUCCUUACAAGGACGAGAAGUGUCCAGUCAUCAGUACCAUGUCGGCACCUGGACAGCCUCGUCGCAGCAAGUCAACACAGCCGCGGGGACAGCUUUCGCAUUCGUGGUCAAAGCCAGUCUGGUCCUUGCUUCCGCCAUUGCCUACACGCAGUUAUAUUUUCGCCUUUUGGCUACCGGAAUAAAUUCUCUGCAGAAGCUUGACCGAUGGUUCUCUGGCCUCCACGACUUCGUAUCGUUCUGUUAUCUUCCGACGUAUUGGAGGCAUGGUCUCCUCGCUCUGGUGGCUGUCACUGUUUGGCUCUUGCCAAUUGCGGCGAUCAUUGCGCCCGCAGCACUGUCUGUGACGUUUUCAAAGCUCCAAUACCCGUCCUCCUUAUCGCACACCGUGCCUCAACCAGCUUUGGACAGCCUUGCCUUCCUUUCGAACAAUGUCUACAACACAAGCCUUACCGACUACGCCGAAUCGUAUUCAUUUGAUCCUGAUCAGGAAGUUUUACGUGUCGCAAGUGCUGCAGCCGCAUCUGGUUCGAUACUGCCGAUCGAGGCUCCUGGCGUGAAUGCAUCAUGGCAGGUUACAAUCGAAGCUCCCAAAAUGCUUUGUGAGGACAUGGGCUCCGAGCUUCAGAGCCAGCUCAAGUCCAACCUCCUACAAGGCUUGCAGCCGAGCAUCACAACUCUGGGGGAGCCUGGCGAUUUCCAAAGUAUGUUCUCAUACCUGGCUUGGUCAUCGUGGACAAACUUCACAGCAGAUGCGCAAGGCAAUCAACUCAACAUCUCCGUUCGCUUGCCGUUCACCAACGGAACCGGUGCAAAUAUGGAAUUCCUCGUUCAGCCAAAGACCUCUGGACACGAAUUCUACGUUGCCGUAUUUUCCCGUGCCAACACGAUGCCGCCCCGUACAGUCUGGGACAAUGCAAGUGGUAGUCCUCCAUUUGGCCAAGCAGCAAUGGACUGGUAUUGA